AUGGCCCAUGUGUUCGGCGACAACGAGAAAGAGUCUGACUUCGGUUACGUAUACAAAGUAUCGGGUCCUUUGGUGAUCGCCGAAAACAUGCAUGGCGCUGCCAUGUACGAGCUAGUGCGUGUGGGCCAUGAUAAGCUCGUGGGUGAAAUUAUCAAGCUGGAGAACACUAACGCUUCCAUUCAAGUAUACGAAGACACAUCCGGCCUUACUGUAGGAGACCCUGUAGAACGACGCAAACAACCAUUGUCAGUUGAGCUUGGUCCUGGUAUUGUCGACAAUAUCUUUGAUGGUAUCCAGCGUCCUUUGCACGCUAUUAGCGACCUUACCAAAGAUGUAUACAUCCCUCGUGGUGUAGAUGUAUCAUCUCUAAACGCCGAAAAGCCGUGGCGCUACAAACCUGUUAAUCUUCGCGAGGGAGACCCAAUCUCUGGCGGCGACAUCUUUGGUCUUGUACAUGAAAACGAUAUAUUUCACUCGCAUAAGAUCAUGUGCCCACCUAACGUUUUUGGUACCGUCGUCAAGAUUUAUGGCGCUGGAACCGACAACAACGAGCAAUUUACACUCAAGGACACGGUACUUGAAGUGCGUGAUGACACUUCAGGCAUCACCCACAAGCUUGGACUGUCGCACAUGUGGCCUGUACGUAAACCACGUCCAGUGGCUGAGAAAUUGGCCGGAAAUGUAGCGCUUACGACGGGUCAGCGUAUCAUUGACGCACUUUUCCCAUCGGUACUGGGCGGUACGUGUGCAGUACCUGGAGCAUUUGGUUGUGGCAAGACAGUCAUUUCACAAGCAUUGUCGAAACACUCAAAUUCGGAUGCAGUCGUAUACGUUGGUUGUGGUGAGCGUGGUAACGAAAUGGCCGAAGUGCUGAACGAUUUCCCUGAGCUUACAAUGACAAUCAAUGAUCGUGAAGUGCCCAUCAUGAAGCGAACGACUCUAGUUGCGAACACCAGUAACAUGCCUGUUGCAGCUCGUGAAGCGUCAAUAUACACGGGAAUUACGCUAGCUGAAUACUUCCGUGACCAAGGAAUGAACGUAUCAAUGAUGGCAGAUUCUACAAGUCGUUGGGCUGAGGCUUUACGUGAAAUCUCUGGGCGUUUAGGGGAAAUGCCCGCUGAUAGUGGAUACCCUGCUUAUCUGGGUGCUCGUCUGGCCGCGUUUUAUGAACGUGCGGGUCGUGUCGCGUGUCUAGGAAGUCCAAAGCGUGAAGGGAGUGUGACGGUCGUUGGCGCCGUAUCGCCACCUGGCGGUGAUUUCUCGGACCCUGUGACGGCAGCGACACUAAGUAUCGUUCAAGUCUUUUGGGGCCUCGACAAGAAGUUAGCGCAACGAAAACAUUUUCCAUCUGUUAAUUGGCUCGUCAGUUAUACCAAGUACAUGCGGGUUCUUGAGCCAUUUUUUAACAAAAUCGACCCUGAAUAUUCGAUGUUGCGUACGAAAUGUCAGGAGAUUUUGCAAAAGGAAGACAACUUGACCGAAAUUGUGCAAUUGGUCGGUAAAGAAUCGCUUUCAGAAGAUCAAAAAGUAAUUAUGGAGGUGGCCAAGAUCAUUCGAGAGGAUUAUUUGCAGCAAAAUGCCUUUUCGGACUACGAUUUUACGUGUCCACUGGUGAAAAGUGUCGGUAUGUUACGAUCGAUCAUUCUGUUUUACAAUCUAAGUCAAAAAGCGAUCGCGGACUCGCCACCGGAUGCAAAGGUGACAUGGGCACAAAUCAAGACGUCCAUGAAUCCAGUAUUGCAGAAGAUUAUCCAAACGAAGUUUCAGUUGCCUAAGCAACCGGAAGCCGAGCUCAAAGCUUUUUUCAGUGCUUUGGAUGAAGAAGUAGAGCAAGCAUUCCAAACGCUUUCGGACUAA